GGCAUAUUUUUGUUUCGUGGAAUCGACUCGACGACCAAGUUCUGGGAACGACUCCGGUUCUGAAUUCCAGAGAGAGAGAGAGAUUCAGGGAGAAACGAGGAAGAAGUUCGUUCGAUCUUCGUGAAAAUCUAGUAAUGUGUUUGGUUGAUCUGUGAUCGAAUCCGCAAACUCUGAAUCAUUUCCUACAGAGAUCCGAUUCAACUUUCUGUUUCUUCCACCACUUCACGCACUUCCAGAUGGCGCAGCGGAGAACGAAGCUCCUCUUCGUUGUUUGUGCCCUCUGCUACGUUCUUUCCGCCAUUGCAGGGAAGAGUUACUAUGAUAUACUGCAAGUGCCGCGGGGUGCGCCGGACGAGCAGAUCAAAAGGGCUUAUAGGAAGCUCGCGCUCAAGUACCAUCCUGAUAAGAACCAGGGAAAUGAGGAAGCUAAUAAGCGAUUUGCGGAGAUUAACAAUGCUUAUGAGGUUCUAUCCGACGCGGAGAAGAGGAACAUAUAUGAUAGGUAUGGAGAGGAGGGUCUGAAACAGCAUGCUGCUAGUGGAGGUGGAGGUGGAGGGAUGGGAAUGAACAUUCAAGAUAUUUUUAGCCAGUUUUUUGGUGGAGGAGGAAGUAACAUGGAAGAGGAAGAGAAAAUUCCAAAAGGUGAUGAUGUAAUUGUGGAAUUGGAUGCUUCAUUAGAAGAUCUCUACAUGGGUGGUUCAUUGAAGGUGUGGAGGGAGAAGAACAUAUUAAAGCCAGCGCCAGGUAAGAGGCGGUGUAAUUGUAGAAAUGAAGUCUAUCACAAGCAGAUUGGUCCUGGAAUGUUCCAACAGAUGACAGAACAAGUCUGUGAGAAAUGCCCCAAUGUUAAAUUUGAAAGAGAAGGAUAUUUCGUUACUGUUGAUAUUGAGAAAGGGAUGCAAGAUGGGCAAGAGGUCACUUUCUAUGAAGAUGGUGAGCCUAUGAUAGAUGGAGAACCUGGAGAUCUAAGAUUCCGCAUCCGUACCGCACCACAUGAUGUUUUCAGAAGGGAAAACGAUGACUUGCACGCCACUGUCACCAUCACUCUGGUUCAAGCUCUCGUCGGUUUCGAGAAAACUCUCAAACACCUCGACGAACAUUUAGUAGAGAUCGGAACAAAGGGAAUCACAAAGCCCAAAGAAGUUAGGAAGUUCAAAGGAGAGGGCAUGCCACUGCAUUUCAGCACAAAGAAAGGGGAUCUUUAUGUCACAUUUGAGGUCCUAUUUCCCACAUCAUUAACAGAGGAUCAGAAGACAAAUAUCCAGAAAAUUCUGGGUUAGUAGUAGGGCCCAUUAUAUAGAUUUUGCAAUUUAUUUUUUUCCUUUUUUUUUUGUUGUGCUCAAAGAAUGUAUACCCAUUGUAGUAGGCUGUAGCAUGUGGAGGAUCAUUACAAAAAUUUGGUAUCGCUGAGCCCUGCAGAAGUUUUGAUUGAUUUAUUUAACAUGUUAUCUAUAAUCAUAUUGAUCUUUCAUA